UUGUAGUUUGAGCAACCGCCUUUUCUCUCUGUUAAAAUUAAGUUCAAAAACUGCACACAACCCCUGAAACAGAGGGACAAAGCUUAAAGAUAAGUUUAAUGCUCACCAACCACCUUUGAACUCGAUCCUCUCUCUCUCUCCCUUGUACCUCCUUACUCUCCUUUAUUCGCAGCUCACAGGCUCAGACCCCAUUUGCUUUCUCCCUCUCUCGGAAAGGAUGAGUAAACAAGAUUUCUCCAAGGCACAGUUGCAGACUUGUGUCCUUAGAGUGAAUAUACACUGCGAUGGAUGUAAGCAGAAAGUAAAGAAUGAUUUUUCUAUAGUCUCUAUAUACACUGUCAACAUAGAUGCAGAGCAAGGGAAGGUGACUGUGACAGGAGUUUCAGGAGUUCUUGAUCCAGCCAAACUCAUUAAGAAGCUGGAGAAGUCAGGGAAACAUGCAGAGUUAUGGGGGCCUCAAAAGGGUUCAAACCACAACCAAAACUUUGUCAAUAACCAGUUCAAAAACAUGCAAAUUCAGAAUGGCAAAGGGGGAAAAGACAACAAGUCUCAAAAGGGUGGUCCACAACAAGCACAUCACCAAAUGAAAGGGGCUAAGGAUCUCAAGGUACCCUUUAAAGACCAGAAAUCUGUCAAGUUCGAUUUGCCUGAGGAUGAAUUUGAUUUAAGUGAUGGUGAGUUUGAUGAAUUUGAUGAUUGUGACGAUGAAUUUGAUGAUGAAUUUGAUGAUUGUGACGAUGAAUUUGAUGAUGGUGAUGAUUAUGAGUUUGGUCAUGGUCAUGGCCAUGGCCAUCAAUUACCUAACAAGAUGAUGCCUAUGAAUAUGAUGGGUAAAGGGCAUGGUGGUCCACAUGGGCCUAAUGUUGUAAUGAAUGGGCUUCCCAUGACUGAUAAAAGGGGUGGUGGGAAUGCCAAGAAAGGUGGUGUUAUUGAUAUUCCCUUACAAAUGAAGGGUGGAAAUAAGGAUGGUAAGAAUGGUGGUAAUGCAGGAAAGAAAGGCAGUGGUGGUGGAAAUAAGAAGGGAGGGAAACAAAACCAGGGUGGUGGUGGAGGAGGAGAAAAAAAGGGUGGCAAAAGUGGUGGUGGAUUUCUAAGUGGAUUGCUGGGGUUUGGUAGAAGUAAUAGCAAAAAGGAGAAAGAGAGUGGUGAGUUUGUGGGGCUUGGAAAAAGUAACAGCAAGAAAGAGGGUGGUGCUAAGAGUAGCAAUAAUUAUGGAGGCAAGGGUGGUGGUGGAAACAAUAAUAGCAAUGGGGGUAAGAAAGGUGGAGCCAAGGGUGAUGGGGUCUAUGAAAUUAACAAAAACAAAAAUGGGUUCCAUGAUAUUGAUGUUACAGCUCCUAAUCUUGGGAAAGGAAGCAAGGGUGGUGGUGGGGGUGGGGGAAAUGGUAAUGGUCAGAUGAACCAGAGAGGGCAAAUGGUCCAAAUGGGCCCUAAUGGUCCAAUGGGUCCAAUGGGACCAAUGGGACAAAGAGGACAAAUGGGCCAUUUGGGUAACUAUCCAAUGGGGCAGAUGGGAAGUAUGCCUAUUCCAGCAGUGCAAGGUCUACCUGCGCAAGCGGCGAUGAGCGGUCUACAUGCGCCGGCAGCGAUGAACGGUGGAUAUUUUCAAGGAGUUGGGCCAGGCAAUUACAACCAACAACAACAGCAACAAUACAUGGCGAUGAUGAUGAAUCAGCAAAUGAACCAGCAGAGGCCCAAUGGGAACGAAAUGUACCAACAAAUGAUGAUGAAUCAACAACAAAGGGGAAAUGGGCAUGACAUGUACCAGCCAAUGAUGUACGCGUGGCCGCCGGCUCAACAAAGGGAAAAUGGGCAUGACAUGUACCAGCCAAUGAUGUACGCGCGGCCGCCGGCUCAACAAAGGGAAAAUGGGCAUGACAUGUACCAGCCAAUGAUGUACGCGCGGCCGCCGGCUCAACAAAGGGAAAAUGGGCAUGACAUGUACCAGCCAAUAAUGUACGCGCGGCCGCCGGCUCAACAAAGGGGAAAUGGGCAUGACAUGUACCAGCCAAUGAUGUACGCGCGGCCGCCGGCUCAACAAAGGGAAAAUGGGCAUGACAUGUACCAGCCAAUGAUGUACGCGCGGCCGCCGGCUCAACAAAGGGGAAAUGGGCAUGACAUGUACCAGCCAAUGAUGUACGCGCGGCCGCCAGCUCAACAAAGGGGAAAUGGGCAUGACAUGUACCAGCCAAUGAUGUACACGCUGCCGCCGGCUCACUACAUGUCGCCGCAGCUGAUGUUUGCUCUGAUGCCGGAUCCUUACACUCAUAUUUUCAGUGACGAGAAUGCUAAUAGUUGCAGUAUCAUGUAAAUUUGGUAGACAAGUAGUUUUAUGUUUUGGCUUGUUUUCAUGGGUUGUGUAAUUGUGGUGGUGCUACAAAGUUCAGGUGCCAUUGCUUAUGUUACUUGGAAAUGGUUAGAUUUUGGUCCAUCAA